GUUCAACUUCCGAACCCAAUCUCCGCAGAACUCACUCCUCUCCCCGCAACACCCAUAAAAUUUAUCUCCAACUUUACAACAACCACACAACCUACCUCACAAACAUCUACACAUACAGAAAAAAGAUUACACACACACACACACAUACAUACAUAUAUAUAUAUAUAUAUGAAAAUGACACCUUCAAAACCAAAACCAAUCCCCAACCCCCGCCGCCUCCUAAUCCUCACCCCAACCUCCCACUCCACCACCACAAUCCCCCCAUUCCUCCUCUCCCUAACCGGAUCCCCCGUCCUCGAUCCCCAAUCCGAAUCCCCGUCUUUUGCCGGCUACACGACGCACCCGCCCCUCGUCCUCGAGAAUAAGUACUAUAAAGCCUCGGUUCCGAUCUGGGUUGAUGAGAUUCCUCUUCCUAUUCCGUCGAGUCCCCACUCUUCUUCCUCGCCUCUGGAGACUCUAGCAGAGGAAAAGAAACCGGGAGAAGAAAACGGUAAGGAAGAGAAAGAGAUCGAAACCGAGACCCUCACGCCAGAAACAUGGAAGAGCGAGUUCUCGGGCUCGGAAGCCAGGGUCGUUAGGGAUGCGGUUGGAGGUGUUAUCAUAUGUAUACGGAACGAGGGGCUCGAUCCUGGCGUAGGUUCGGAUACUGGUACUGAAGAUCUACCGGAGUGGAGGGGUUUACGGGCGUUUUUAGAGGCGGUGGGGGGUGUUAAGGGGGUGAUGGAUGAGGAGAGAGGGGGGCUUGGGGAUGUGCUUGGGUUGGUUGUUUUGGUGGGGAGGGAGUCUGCUGGGUCUGCUGAUGAUGAUGGUGGUGAGAAGACUUUUUCGGUGCCGUGGUGGGAGGACCGGUUGUUUGAUCUUGGGUUGGUGGGGUUUGAGGUUGUGAGUUGGGACCCUAGGGAGAAUAAGAAGGAGGUCCGGGAUCAUUUUGGGGAGUAUCAGGGGAUGCGGCGGGUAAGGGAGAUUUUAGAGACGCAUGAGUGGGAUUCGUCGUCUGGGGAUUUGGCUGAUGGGGGGGAUCUUGAGGCGGAUGAGCUUGAGAGGCAUUUGCUGGAGGAUGGGUUUAAUUUGGAGGUCAAUGAGUUGGAACGGGAGAUGGUUGGGUUGCGGUUUGCGAUGGAGAAUGGAGAGGAUAUGGGUGAUCUGGGUGGGGAUGAUGAGAUGAGGGUUGAGUCGAUGGAGGCGCUGAUGUUGAGGAUGAAGGCUAUUAAAGAUAUGAGUGAUGAAUUACCAGAGAACGAGCGGAAACGAUUUGCGGCGAAAGCUGUCCGAGAUAUCAUGAAGGAGUUAUAGUUCUAUUUUCUCGAUACUAGUAUUCACUUGUUACGCGUUAUGAAAUGACGAGUAUAUAUCCAACAGUAUAUCAUUAUCAGUAUAUCCUUC